UCUGAGGGAGCAUCCCUGAGGUCAGGGGCGCGCGUGUGCGCUCCAGAGAGGGCGGGAGCGGCCUGGAGUGUGGAUGCGCAGGGUGUGCGCGCCCUGAGUGCCUAGCGGCCCUUGGCCGGCCAGGCGGCUGGACCUGGUAGGCCGAGUGCAGAGCCCCGGGCAUCCUCCUGCCCCCUGCGGCGCUCCCGCCCCCGUCGCCACCCCCUGCCCCCCCGCAAAGUGAUGUCGAAAUAAAAAGCCGCGUUGCGGCCGGUGGGGGAGAGGCAUCGUGAGCGCGAGGAAGGUAGCGAGGCCAGCGCCGCCCCGGGACUCGCUGCUCAAGUCUGUCUAUUGCCUGCCGCCACCUCCAUCCUAGCAGGGCCCCGUCGCCCACCAGGCGGACAAAAGCGGUCCGCUGAACACCAUGCGGCCGCUCGGCGUGCCGCCCAGGCUCUGCUGGUGAGCGCCGCCACCCCGCGCCCAGGUCCCGCGAGCCCGCCUGCCGCGCACCUCGCCAGCUCUGCUCCAGGCCCCGUCCGCCCGGGGGCGCCGCCCACCGCGCCUCGCUCGGGCCGUUGCCGCCUCCACCCAGACCCUGAGCCGCCGCCGCCGGGCAUGGAGGUGGCGCCCGAGCAGCCGCGCUGGAUGGCGCACCCGGCCGUGCUGAAUGCGCAGCACCCCGACUCGCACCACCCGGGCCUGGCGCACAACUACAUGGAACCCGCGCAGCUACUGCCUCCAGACGAGGUGGACGUCUUCUUCAAUCACCUCGACUCGCAGGGCAACCCCUACUACGCCAACCCCGCUCACGCGCGGGCGCGCGUCUCCUACAGCCCCGCGCACGCCCGCCUGACUGGAGGCCAGAUGUGCCGCCCACACUUGUUGCACAGCCCGGGUUUGCCCUGGCUGGACGGGGGCAAAGCAGCCCUCUCUGCCGCUGCGGCCCACCACCACAAUCCCUGGACCGUGAGCCCCUUCUCCAAGACGCCACUGCACCCCUCAGCUGCUGGAGGCCCUGGAGGCCCACUCUCUGUGUACCCAGGGGCUGGGGGUGGGAGCGGGGGAGGCAGCGGGAGUUCAGUGGCCUCCCUCACCCCCACAGCAGCUCACUCUGGCUCCCACCUUUUCGGCUUCCCACCUACGCCACCCAAAGAAGUGUCUCCUGACCCUAGCACCACGGGGGCUGCUUCUCCAGCCUCAUCUUCCGCGGGGGGUAGUGCAGCCCGAGGAGAGGACAAGGACGGCGUCAAGUACCAGGUGUCACUGACGGAGAGCAUGAAGAUGGAAAGUGGCAGUCCCCUGCGCCCAGGCCUAGCCACUAUGGGCACCCAGCCUGCUACACACCACCCCAUCCCCACCUACCCCUCCUAUGUGCCGGCGGCUGCCCACGACUACAGCAGCGGACUCUUCCACCCCGGAGGCUUCCUGGGGGGACCGGCCUCCAGCUUCACCCCUAAGCAGCGCAGCAAGGCACGUUCCUGUUCAGAAGGCCGGGAGUGUGUCAACUGUGGGGCCACAGCCACCCCUCUCUGGCGGCGGGACGGCACCGGCCACUACCUGUGCAAUGCCUGUGGCCUCUACCACAAGAUGAAUGGGCAGAACCGGCCACUCAUCAAGCCCAAGCGAAGACUGUCGGCCGCCAGAAGAGCCGGCACCUGUUGUGCAAAUUGUCAGACGACAACCACCACCUUAUGGCGCCGAAACGCCAACGGGGACCCUGUCUGCAACGCCUGUGGCCUCUACUACAAGCUGCACAAUGUUAACAGGCCACUGACCAUGAAGAAGGAAGGGAUCCAGACUCGGAACCGGAAGAUGUCCAACAAGUCCAAGAAGAGCAAGAAAGGGGCAGAGUGCUUCGAGGAGCUGUCGAAGUGCAUGCAGGAGAAGUCGUCCCCCUUCAGUGCAGCUGCCCUGGCUGGACACAUGGCACCUGUGGGCCACCUCCCGCCCUUCAGCCACUCCGGACACAUCCUGCCCACUCCAACGCCCAUCCACCCCUCCUCCAGCCUCUCCUUCGGCCACCCCCACCCGUCCAGCAUGGUGACCGCCAUGGGCUAGGGAACAGAUGGACGUCGAGGACCGGGCACUCCCGGGAUGGGUGGACCAAACCCUUAGCUGCCCAGCAUUUCCCGAAGGCCGACACCACUCCUGCCAGCCCGGCUCGGCCCAGCACCCCCUCUCCUGGAGGGCGCCCAGCAGCCUGCCAGCAGUUACUGUGAAUGUUCCCCACCGCUGAGAGGCUGCCUCCGCACCCGGCUGCUGCCCAGGUGGGGUUUCCUGCAUGGACAGUUGUUUGUUUGGAGAACAACAAGGACAACUUUAUGGAGAGAAAAGGAGGGGACGGGACAGACGAAGGCAACCAAUUUUAAAAGGAAAAAGGAUUAGGCAAAAAUAAUUUAUUUUGCUCUUGUUUCUAACAAGGACUUGGAGACUUGGUGGUCUGAGCUGUCCCAAGUCCUCCGGUUCUUCCUCGGGAUUGGCGGGUCCACUUGCCAGGGCUCUGGGGGCAGAUUUGUGGGGACCUCAGCCUGCACCCUCUUCUCCUCUGGCUUCCCUCUCUGAAAUAGCCAAACUCCAGGCUGGGCUGAGCCAAAGCCAGAGUGGCCAUGGCCCAGGGAGGGUGAGCUGGUGCCUGCUUUGACGGGCCAGGCCCUGGAGGGCAGAGACAAUCACGGGCGGUCCUGCACAGAUUCCCAGGCCAGGGCUGGGUCACAGGAAGGAAACAACAUUUUCUUGAAAGGGGAAACGUCUCCCAGAUCGCUCCCUUGGCUUUGAGGCCGAAGCUGCUGUGACUGUGUCCCCUUACUGAGCGCAAGCCACAGCCUGUCUUGUUUGUCAGGUGGACCCUGUAAAUACAUCCUUUUUCUGCUAACCCUUCAACCCCCUCCCCUCCUACUCUGAGACAAAAGAAAAAAUAUUAAAAAAAAUGCAUAAGCUUAACUCGCUGAUGAGUUAAUUGUUUUAUUUUUAAACUCUUUUUGGGUCCAGUUGAUUGUACGUAGCCACAGAAGCCCUGCUAUAAAAGGAAUAAAACCUACACACAAGGUUGGAGCUUUGCAAUUCUUUUUGGAAAAGAGCUGGGAUCCCACAGCCCUAGUAUGAAAGCUGGGGGUGGGGAGGGGCCUUUGCUGCCCUUGGUUUCUGGGGGCUGGUUGGCAUUUGCUGGCCUGGCAGGGGGUGAAGGCAGGAGUGGGGGGCAGGUCAGGACCAGGACCCAGGGAGAGGCUGUGUCCCUGCUGGGGUCUCAGGUCCAGCUUUACUGUGGCUGUCUGGAUCCUUCCCAAGGUACAGCUGUAUAUAAACGUGUCCCGAGCUUAGAUUCUGUAUGCGGUGAUGGUGGGGUGUGGUGGCUUGUGAGGGGCCCCUGGCCCAGGAGGAGGAUUGUGCUGAUGUAGUGACCAAGUGCAAUAUGGGCGGGCAGUCGCUGCGGGGAGCACCACGGCCAGAAGUAACUUAUUUUGUACUAGUGUCCGCAUAAGAUAAAGAAUCGGCAGUAUUUUCUGUUUUUAUGUUUUAUUUGGCUUGUUUUAUUUUGGAUUAGUGAACUAAGUUAUUGUUAAUUAUGUACAACAUUUAUAUAUUGUCUGUAAAAAAUGUAUGCUAUCCUCUUAUUCCUUUAAAGUGAGUACUGUUAAGAAUAAUAAAAUACUUUUUGUGAA